AUGUUCAAGAACAAAGUCAGAUCAAAUCAUGAUACAACAUUGGCAUCACAAUUAUUAGAUAGUAUCGAUGCUCAUUUAAACGAGUCUGAUAAUCAUUUAUUAUCAUUGUUAUUAUAUCGAAAUAAUAAUAAUACCCAAAUGGAAUACGUCAUGUCUGUUGAUAAUUCAGAUAGUACCGAUAAUUCAAAUUCAAAAAUUGCUCUGGAUGAUGAUGAACUUUGGUUAAGUGGUCAUCGUAGUAUAUUUUCAUCGUAUGGAGAUCAUAUUGAAAUGCGAAAACAACCUAUUGUUCGUGGACGACCUGCUGAACAUUCAGUCGACAGUUUAUUACAGCAACCUCUACAAAAAAAUGUGGGAGGAUCAAACAGUGUCUAUGAAGGAUUUCAUUGGGAUUUGUAUGACGCAGCACACAUGUAUCAUUUAACAUUUGAUCAACAACGAACGACACCAGAUGAUGUGAAUAGUAAUGGUGACAGUGAUAACAGUAAAACCGGUCAAAGUUUAAGUGACUGGUCAAUGCGAUUAAGUUCAACACACCAUGCUCAUGAUACUGAUGAAGAUGCUGAAGAUGAGGCAGAUGAAACAUCGUCAUCAUCCAUCGCAGGAGUUGCUCAAAUAACAACACCAGAUAAUAGUACAACACGAACAUCAUGGCAUCAAAUGAAAGAAAGAAGUACAACUAAAAGUAAAUCAUCAAUAACUAGUUCAACAACAACAGAUGAUGAUGAAAAACAUGAUAAUAGUCCAUUGACACUCUAUAAAUUAUUUCAACGUAAAAGAUCUCAACAACCUCAUAAACUUUAUCAAAAUUUUAGUGAUAAAAGUGUAUGUGAUUCAUCAUCAUCUACAACAUCGUCAAUUCAACGUCCAACAGUAUUUCCAUGUAUAAAACUUUGUAGUCCAACAACAUUUUCAAAAUUAAAAUUAGAUGGAAUAGUGAGCAAUGAAAACAUAUCAUCAUCUUCGAUGAUAUCUAAUGAUAUUCCAUUAGACAUAAAUAAAAAGUUUAGACAAGAAUCGACUAAGCAAAAAUUAAUAACCGAAAAGCCAGCAUGUGAUCAAUCGACUCAAUUUCCAGUAUACAGUAACGAUCAAUCAAUUCAAACAUCGUUAAAUAACGAUUCUAAAACAUACAUUAUGCACUACUGUCGUACAAAUAAAUGUUCACAAACUGAAAUGAAUCAAUUGUUGUAUUCAAACAGAUAUUCUCUACCGGCUAAUCUUUGUGAUGGUAGAGAUGAACAACUUCAACCAAAAAUAUUAGUUUUAUCUCGUUCGAGAAGUCUACAAAAAUUUGCUGUUAAUAACUCAAAAUUUUGUAGUCAAAAUCGUCAAUAUUUACCUAGAAACGUUAAAUCAUUACCGGAUCUUGGUUUUUUGAAUACAUACGAUUCGACAACAUGUCAUCAAAUAAAAUCAUCGUCAUCCAAUGAAUGUUUAAAAACGACAAUAAAUAAUUCUGUAGAUUUAAAUUCAAAAACGACACAAACAGUAUUCUAUUGUAUUAAUUCGAACAGUAAUCGGCCAACAUCAUUUCAUUCACAAUUUUAUCACAAACCUCGAACAUUAAAAGAAAUAAAACGAAUUAAAAAUGUAAAAACCAUAAACCAAAAAAUCGUUAGUCCAACAAUAACAACAUUCCCUUCACCAAGUUUUAUAUCACCGAUAAGUCCUAUUGCCCAUAAAUGUGAAGAACAAGAAGAAACUUCCCUAAGCGGUUAUUCACAGCAAUCAACAAGCAGCAAUAACAGUACAUCGAGUAGCGGAUAUUUUAGUAAUGUUGAACGCCAACGUCAACAACAGCAACAACAACAACAACAACAACAAAAAGUAAUACCAUCUGCUCCAUCGAGGACAAUAACAAGCGAAUUUCAUACACCACAUUUAAAAUCAUGUUUGAAACGAGCCAAAACAGAAGAUUUAACAGUAGCAUUAACACCAAUGAUUGCCUAUGGGGGAUCAGAUGUUUUAGCCGGUGGUGUUGCAGGAGAUAUAUUUACAUUGGCUGCUAUAUCACAUAUUGGUUGGAAAACAACAAACACAAAUACAAAUCGUCAUCGUCGCUAUUCAGCACCCACUUACUCAUCAUUGACAAAUUUGUCGAAUCAAAUACAAGUACAAUUGCGUACGAAAAGAAAUGGAACGUUAUCCGAACACGAUCUUCGAACGAAAAAAAGUGUGAGCUUUUGUGAAAAUAUAUCUAAAAGACUAAUUACACCAUCCGCUAGUCCAAAACAUCGACCAACAACGAUAGCAACAAAUCAUUCCAUAACUAAAAAAUAUAUCAACGAUUUCUAUGAAAUUGAUUUACUUCCGGCUGAAAGUUUUACCGAUAGUCCACCAAGUGAAUUUAAUUUAUCGGACGAAGACGAAGAUGAAACAAUAGCACAACAGCCAAUGAAUUACAUAGAACCAUCAACAAAUAAACAUCAGAAUGACGAUACAAAUUCAACAGUAGUGAAGAAAAAUUUAAAAUUUUCUAUUGACAAAGCUCUCGUCAAAACGUUUGCCAAUACCGUUCUUCGUAUACUUGAGAUAAAAUGUGGUGAUCAUUCCUAUUAUUUAAAUAACAACAGUAAUCACGAACUCGAUCGAACAUUGCGAAAUGAAUUUUGUCCACAACUUCGUGAAGUGUUAGAGGAUGGUUUAAAACAACAUGCUGGCUCAUUAUUUUCAAAAAAAAUAACAUUAUGGCGAAUUAUUGAUUUAGCCACGCCUCAAAAUCCACAAACACGGCCUUAUUAUGAAGCAAAAAUGAAGGCACAAUAUCUUCAAGGUAGUUCAGUGGAUUGGACAGACAAAUUGAAUGCAUUCAUAUUCAGUUUAUUAAAUUUUCAUGAACUACCGAAUUGGCUAAAUCAUUUUAAACAGCAACAUGAAUUACUUAUCACUUACUAUGAAUCGUCGGCGUUUAUUCUUGUUCAUAGUGAUAACAAUGACAUAUUUGAAUGCUUAACAAAUCAAUUAGAAAAGCUAUCUCCAUUACCAUUUCGAUUAAAAUAUUCUAUUUUGACUCCUCACAUAUUAACGCAUCAUUCACCAACAUCCUCCACAUCUUCAUCAUCCACUACCACAAAUGAUAAAAUUCAUCGUCCAACACAACAAAAACAUCCUACUACCACCACUAAUAAAACUCCGGUAUCAUCGUCUACAGUACCUUUAGUACGUCCUACAUCAUUGUUACCGAAACGUUUCAAUGUUCGAGCGUGGCUGAGAGAUCGAAAAAAUACACAAGGAAAAAUUUCGCCAAAAGAACUUCAACAAUCAGCACGUCCUGUUCAACAACACCAGCAACAGAGUUGUCAGGCAGGUACAGACACUAGUAAACAAAAUUCAAAGCCUGCUACUACUACUCAGAAAUGUUCUACAACCACGUUAAACGGACAAAACUUGUUUCCAAGAAGAAAGCAGACCAUUGUAUUACGUCAAUGA